AAUUGCGAUCAAACUAACUAAACUUAUUUUAGAAAUUAAUAUUUAAAAAUUAAGCAUCUUUAACUAAGUAGUUUUUAUUAGCCAGUGAGUCAUGGCACAAACAAGAGCAUGAGGAAACCGGAAAACUCUUCUCGCUCGCACUGGUACACACUGCAGGGCGAGCGAGGGUCGCUUUUAAAAAAUGGCGCCAAAAUUUCACAUGCAAGGAAAUUGGACAUGCGAAGGAAAUUUCUGUUCAAAAACUAUAAUAAUAAUAUAGGGUAAAUGUUUAAAGUUUCAUCAAAAACUGAAGAGCUUGGACUAGAUAUUAAAAUUAGUAAUAAGUAGUACUACCUUGUAAUGUGAUUCAUCAGAUUAUUGAUGUGAUAUCCCUCGUUCUGAUUACUUCCAUAGUACAUCUCAAAACAGAGUUCGAAAACCACACAGACAAGCAUAUUCCCAGGGGCGUAGUUGAAAAUAUUACAAAAAGGGGUUACUAGUUAGGGGUUAUUUAAAUCUAGAAAACAUUUCAGCAAUGUUUUUGAAACUAAGAAAGAUUUCAAAAAGGUGGUUUUUGAGUGAUUAAAAUUAAACUAAUCCAAGUUUCUAAUUAGUAAGUUUUAUUGUUUUAUAUAGUAAGUAAUAUAGUUUGUAAUAGUAUCAUAGUAAAGAUUAAAAAACCGCCAGAUAAGAAUCUAACUGUAAUAGAGCCUUUAUCUACAUAUGUAACCGUUACAUUUCGGCCAGAUUUAAGGGCAGAUGCUACUAAGCAUUUUCCCACCAUAAAAUCGUAAAUAACCGAAAAUGCGAACAAAGGAUGUUAGGGCAAAAUGCAUCCUACAAUUGCCGCUGCGUUUUUUUUUCCUUAGCGGAGGCUCUAAGGACAACGAUGUCACGCGCUGUUGCAAGUUCACAAAGGACGACCUACACAGAGAGAAAACUCGUUGAGAUGUCGUCCUUCUAUGAUCCCUAAACUACCACCCUUUGUCCUCAUCUCUCAUGUAUCUGGUGAAACGGGAGACUCUCAGAGGGAAGGAUAUACAGGCAGAUGAUGGAAACGCAGUACCUGAAGGAAGGACAUUGAAAGAAACGCAUUUUGUUGCAUCCAGAUUGCAGAAGGGAUCUUCGGAAAAAUUCUAUAAGUAGGGUAGAGUUUGAAAUCUGGAUGAAAUAUGCAUUUUUCCAUUUAUCAUUCCCUCGAUCAGUCCCAAUAUUCAUUAGCUUUGUGGAACUAUUUUUUAUUGCAGUUUCGCUGCACCAGUGACGUCACAGUUUGUUUAUAGUGAACUCUCUCUCCAGUGGACCUGCGCAGCAUCUUGGCGGUCUCUCUCGUAGCCCCAAAAGCAGCGUCCCAGCGAAAAAAGCACGAUUUCAGCAAAUUUUCAUGCUUUUUGCUUAUUCUCUGGGUAUUUUGUUCGGCAAUAUUUAUGAAAAGUAGUGCUGGAACUUCAAAUAAACAGAAUUCUUCUGGAGUUAGACUUUAAGAAUGAAUGUAUUUUUGGUUUCAAGUUCGGGUCCAUCUUUUUACCUAUUUUUUUUUAUAAUUUUUCUUUAUUUUAUUUAGAAUAAAAUUUAGAUUCUUUGCUAGAUUAUAAGUGGGCAAUUAAAAUUUGAGUAUUUUUCGCCUGCGACUCACAUUCGAUGAGGAAGGAUUGAUAAAAGCAUCGUGAAAGCAGACUGAGGUGGACCCGAGUUCCAAAUGGCUGCGAGCAAGCAAAGCAAAGCAAAGCACAAAAGUAAAAAGCAGAGACCAUGUGGGGAACCCGUCAGUUCGCGAGGAGCACUGGCCCAUAGUGGUUAUAGCUGGGCUAUAUCAGAUUUUUUCGUUUUGUGCUUUUUUGAAGAUAGCACCAGUAGAGGUGUAUUUGAGGACAGGAUGUCCAACACAGUUAAGGCCACGGUGCCAUUUCGGUUCACGGAUGAGCGUACCCUGCUCUUCGUUAUCCUCUACGGAAGGGAACCAUGUCUCUGGAACAAGAAACAGUACUUGCAGCGAGCUCGGAACGCCGCCUAUCGUCGCUUGCAGACGGGGAUCAAUUCCGUUACUGAGCCCCACGAAGCCCACCUCACCGUGCAGGGCGUGAAGAUGAAGAUUAAGAACCUGCGAAGCGCCUAUCAUCAGGAGCUCAAGAAGAUCAGAUUGAAUCCCGAGUACCAGCCGAAGACCCCAUGGUUCGGCCCACUCCACGAGUUCCUCGGCGAAUUCAUUGAUACGGUAAUUGUGCUUUCUAACAUAAAUCUCCUAUCUACUUCGAAGGUGACUCUCCGCGAUAGUCUCUUAACCCGAACUAAUCUGAGGCGCUUUUCUAUCGCUAUCACUUGACAGAACGAACUGUCUUCCCCCAAGACACCUCCGCUGAAGCGUCUGCAGAUCCGCCUGACUAGGAUAAAACCCGUAAAGAAUCAGCCGGAGGUCAAGAUGGAACCAGAGGAGGUGGCGUGUCCGGAGGCGCGAUCGGAAGCCCCAACCACGUUCACUGUUCUGCCCAUGCCCUUGGCCAUCAGCAUGGACAUCCCACCCACUCCUCCUGACUCGAUCUCAAAGAUUCUGGAAGCUAACUGGGCUCCACCUCCGGUUCCUAUCGAAGAGCCGGAUCCUGUUCCAGCUGGAAGUUCCGCCUCCGAAAAGGGCGAGGUGCUGGGAAGUACGCAGGGGUCAGUGACUGAAGCCGGAACUGGAGUGGGAAUGCGCGGCGAGGACGAGUUCACCUACUUUGGCUUGAAUGUGGCUGCCCAGCUCCGCAACAUGCCACUGGCCAGUACCCUGGUCAUGCAGUCGAAGAUCCAGUACAUGCUCGCGGUGGAGAGACGAAAGAUUUCGGGCCAUUCCACGGACGUGAACAUUUUUAAAUAGGGAUCCCUGUGAUCUCUAUGGGUAAGCCAAGAUCUUAUCCUUAGUGAUAGCAGUCGGUGUCAUGGACUAACAGAUAUUGAAUAUUUUGUUUUCUAAAAAAUCUUUGCCAUCAGUUGGAGAAUGUGAUCUUUUGAGUUCCAUAGGAUCUAAUCGCGUAUAACUAUUAUAUAAUCAUUCAUUAUAAGAUUAAAAGGAAGAGUCUUUACUGUCUUUAUCGAAGAGUAACAGAAGCUGAUGUUCUGAACUUCCAAUACUUAUAUAUCUGUUGUAAAAAACCAUUAUUUUUCUAAAAAAUGUUUUUCCAUUUAUACAUUUUUCUUUAAGAAAUUAAAAUUUAAAUACUUUAAUUAUAAAUACAAAUAAUAAAAUAAACUAAAAAGCAUAAAUG